UAAAAGAAUAUUAUUGUGGAUAUAAAUUAUACACCGACAAAGAAUACUUUUUGCAAUAAAUCCGUGCGGAAAAAAAAUUCCUGUGUCUAUUAAUAGAAAAGAAAAAUUGUUUUUUUCGGUUGCUUUUGUUUUGGCCAUCAAGCGUUACCUAUAAGGAAUAAUAUUAUUAUUUCGUUAGUGUGGCGUAAACGACACAGGCAAGGACUAAAAUUUAAGUCAUUACAUAUACAAAAAAAAAGUUGAGGGAGUUCGUAAAUACUUACGAAACCAAACACAAAAAUAAUUAUUGAUCCAAUUUCAAAAGCUGACGUUGCGUUGCACACACAACAUAGAGACAUGUAUAGAAUAUGAAAUUGUUUGUUGCGCCGUAAUAAUUUUUUUUUUCUGCUGCUACUCUCACUCCUUUCUCGAUUGACGUCAUCGUUUUUUUACUCAAUACGUUUGUCUGUGUAAAAAAAAAUCUUGCCAUUCUUUGCUACGUCCAUACAGCAGGAGAUACACAUACACGGAUAGAGACACAGUUGCUGUUUUUAUUUUGAAGUGCGAAGUUGAAGGGAAAUUCUUAGUUCUUUUUCUUUUCGUGUGCUAUAAACGCCAGAAUUAGAAUUAAGGACAUUACAUAAAAAAAAUGAUUUUGUAAUAAAUUCUUAAAAAAAAAUAAGAACAAGAAGUAAAGUGAAUACGUCAAGAAAUAAAAAAAAAGAUAAAAUAAGAAAAGAAGUGAAAAAAAUUUACUUGCAAUGGAAGAAACACCCAAAGUACAUUCAAAGAGUAAACAUAAAAGGACAUCGUCGCGUAACCGUGAACAUCGAAAGAAGGACUCGUCAAGGAAAAUUGAGGAUGGUGUGACGGAUAUAAAUGGAGAGGCGUCAAACAAUAAUAAUGUCGUGCCUAACGAGAAUCCUUCAAUAACAAUUGAGGACGAGACAAAGGGUGAUACAAAAAUGCAUCGUGGUAUUCUUGGAUUUAUGGAUCGAACAUUAAAAUCAUCAACAACGACCGGUAACGGUAAUGGUAAUACAUUAGAGCCACCACGAAGUCCAGCACAAAGAAGCAAUCGUAGUCGUGCCAGUAGUGAUAAAAGUCCAAAACAUAAGCGAAGUAAAUCAGAGUCGAGACGGCGUCGUGAAAGAAAGGCUGGUGAAUUAGAAGUACGUCAAGCAAACGAGACAUUAAUGAGAUAUUUAAAGCAGUGUUCAGAUUUAAAUGAUGCAUCCGGCUCAUUAUCAGGUGAUCUUGAAAUAAAUGAGAAUCUUGACGACAGGAAAGUUCAUCGAAAGACUAAAUCUCAACGUGAACGAAAGUCAUUUAGAUUGAUUGGUAAAGCGGCACCAAGCGACUUAACGACAAUAUUGAAUGAGCUAAAUGAUGACAUAAUUCAAAAUUCUGACAUUUACAAUCCAUUUACACCGGUUGUCUCACCAACGACUGAACAAAAUCCUCAUGUUGAUAAAAUUUUCGUACAGACAUCCAGUGGUUAUCGUGCUGUUGACAAUAAUAGUAGUUUCUAUAAAACAUCAGCUGCUGCUGGCGAUACCGAUAGCAAUAAUUUUUUUAUAAACAACGCCGUUCAACUAUCAUGUCUCGUUCAGAAAAUGUGGAUCAACAUAUCAACCAUUUGUCAUGGCUUACUGGGAGGAUUAGCUCUUGCACAUUUAAUACUCAUUCUCACAACAACGCCACAAGACUGGACGGGAUCUGAGAAGUCGUUCGAACACUAUGAGAUGCACACCAAAAUUUAUACCAAUGUCUUCUUCUUUCUGGCGGUCAUAUGCUUCGUAUCAAUAAUGGAUCGGAUCGACAUUUGUCAAUUUAGUAUGACAUCGUUGUUGAAUACGUCGGAAAAUAAAGAACGCUCGAUUUCAUUUCGUUCAAUUAUAUUGAUCAUGAUUUAUGCAGGAACGAUCAUAUUGAAUUUAUUAGCAGCAUCGAUUGAUGACCGUUUUCCAGCCAAGAAAUAUCAGUCACAGGAUAAUUCAACGACUAUAACAUUAAUGGAAUCACUGGAGAAGGAAAAUACGACUUUAUAUUUUUUAUAUCCUCAGGCUGCAAACGAAGAGACGGUCUAUUUGUGGAAUACAUUAUCAAUUGCCCGAAGUUGUGGUGCUAUUGUAGGCUAUCUAAUGAUAUCAUCAAUGAAUACGAAUCUCCUUUAUAAUACACUGGUCGAAAUGGAUAAAUAUCACAACAUUAAUCCAUAAAAGGAACAAUUACAUUGAUUCCUUAACACAAUCUAUCGUAUAUCCAUUGUCUCUCUCUAUAUAUACCUACCUAUCUAUUUACUAUAUACCCAAAAAAAAUUUUUUUUUUCUUUUAUUUUUCUUAUACAAAAAAAAAUGUGACGAGACAAGACAAGUAAAGCAACGUGCAUAAUAAGAAGAAAAAAAAAUUUGUAAAUAUGUUUACUCCAUGUUAUAAACGUGAAAGAGCUAAAACUGAAUAUAUAUACUGAUAUUAUGAUAAAAAAUUUAGUAGGCAAUUUUGUAGCACAAUUUAGUAGUUGACUGAUUAUUAAAUACUUCAUAAUAAUAAGAGAAUGAUGAACUUCAUAUGAAGAUAUAUCUCAU